UGGUCAACUUUCCAUCAGCCAGAAUUAGUGCAACCAGCCUUGGAAAACUCUCUGAAAAAACUUCAGUUGGACUAUGUUGAUCUCUAUAUUAUUCAUUUCCCAAUGGCUUUAAAGCCAGGUGAAAAUCUUAUCCCAAAAGAUGAAAAUGGAAAAGUAAUAUCUGACUCAGUGGAUCUCUGUACCACAUGGGAGGCCAUGGAGAAGUGUAAGGACGCAGGACUGGCCAAGUCCAUCGGGGUGUCCAACUUUAACCGCAGGCAGCUGGAGAUGAUCCUCAACAAGCCGGGGCUCAAGUACAAGCCCGUCUGCAACCAGGUAGAAUGUCACCCUUAUCUCAACCAGAGCAAACUACUGGAUUUCUGCAAGUCCAAAGACAUUGUUCUGGUGGCCUAUAGUGCUCUGGGAAGCCAAAGAGAUAAACGAUGGGUGGACCCGAACUCCCCAGUCCUCUUGGAGGACCCGGUCCUUUGUGCCGUGGCCAAAAAGCACAAGCGAACUCCAGCCCUGAUUGCCCUGCGCUACCAGCUGCAACGUGGGGUUGUGGUCCUGGCCAAGAGCUACAAUGAGCAGCGGAUCAGACAGAACCUGCAGGUUUUUGAAUUCCAGUUGACCUCAGAGGACAUGAAAGUCCUUGAUGGCCUAAACAGUAAUUUUCGAUAUAACAUUUUCACUGAUUUAUUUCCUGGCCACCCUAAUUACCCAUUUUCAGAUGAAUAUUAACCUGAGAUAUUUGCAUGACUUUGACCACAAACCCCUGCAUAUGUAUGGUGAUGCAGAAGAUGUCUUUGAUACUGGUGAUUGGACACAUUACCUCCAGUUAAAU